UGGGCCAGGAAAGUAAACUCGGUGUGCGGAGCUGGACAGAGGGACCUAGGCGGGUUCUCAGCCUGCAGCCCCACGGAUAGCUCCAGACAGCGCCCUUGCUACUCCUCAGAGGCGCUUUCUCAGAAUGGAGCAAUUUCCUUUAGGCCGUAGAGACCGCAAUAGCGGCUGCCGACCUCACUUGGCCCCGGGGCUGCGGGCCGCUCCUUCCUCAUCGCCUGCGCGGCCAGUGCCGUCGGGGAUCCCGGUGUCCGCGGCUUUUCUGCGGCCACCCGGCUUAUUCCUGAGAUCGGCGGCCAGCGCCGGUCGCGGAGGAUGCGCUCCCGGCCCGGGUUUGGAUAGAGCGCUGGGGGCGGUGGGCUGCGGCUACCCGCGGACCCCCAAAUGUGCCCGAUGUCGCAACCACGGCGUGGUGUCUGCGCUUAAAGGCCACAAGCGCUUCUGCCGCUGGCGGGACUGCGCCUGUGCCAAGUGCACUUUGAUCGCAGAGCGCCAGCGCGUCAUGGCCGCGCAGGUGGCGCUGCGCAGGCAGCAGGCGCAGGAGGAGAGCGAGGGCGGCGGACUGCACCGGCUCCUGUACCCCGGGCCAUCGGGGUCCGGGGCUCCGGCGUCAGGGGAGAGCGGCAGGAACGAAAGUCCCCAGACAGUGCGCAGGUCUGAGGCUAUAGCUGUGCUGGGAGCCGGUGCUUCAAGGCACUCUAGGAGCCAGGCGGUCCCAGCUUUCAAGGUUUUCCAGCAAGAUUAUGCAGAGGGAAAGCAGGAACCAGAAGAGAAUAACUGUGAAUCAUGCCAAAGUAGACAUGAAGAACUAGUCUCCAAUACCCACCACCGUUCGAUGGGAUCAUCUCCUAAGUGUAAUGGUACCGUGCAGAAACGGGGCUUCAUGUCAUCUAUUUCAGAACACUCAGACAAACCAAACAUAAUCCUGUCUCCUUGCCCCACAGAGCAGUCAGGAGGAGAAGAUAGUCCCAGGUCCUUCUCUUCCUCUGAUCUGGAAUCGGGGAAUGAGAGCGAGUGGGUCAGAGACUACAUUGCUACCAGAGCCAGCCUUUCCACAGUGACCUCAAGACCUCGAGACCCUCUUGGAAUUCUUACCAGGAUUUUCCCAGGUUACAGGCGUAGUCGCCUAGAAGGCAUUCUACAGUUCUGUAAGGGAGAUGUCGUCCAAGCUAUUGAACAGAUCUUAAAUGGGAAAGAACAUAAGCCAGAGUGCAGAGACCCAGCACAUGCAGACUUGGAAAAUGCAGCCUUUCAGAGAGCUUCAGAUUUUACUCUUGCUGGCAUUGGCUUUGGAACUCUGGGUAAUAAAUCAGUUCUCUCUCCUCUUGAAGCCACGUCUGCUGCUUAUGGAGGAGAUUCAAAUCUCUACAGUUUCAAUCCUAGGCUAGCUUUCAGCCCACUGCGCCUGGCAUAUUCUUCUCCAGGAAGAGCGCUGUCUGGCUUUGUGUCGCCUUACCUAACGCCUGGGCUGGUUCCAGCAUUGCCUUUUCGGCCAGCAUUGGGUUAUGCCUUUCCAGGGGUAAUUAGGGAGCCGUCCCAACUUCCCAGCAAGCACUUAGUAUCUGGUGGUAGACUGUAUUUCAGGCCCAAUCAGGAACAUCUGUAACACAACAACUCUACCACUCUGUGGUGUUUCAGGAACCACCACCACCACCAC